CAAGUGAUUCAUUCUUUAUAAAGAUCCAAAUAGUGCGGGAGCGAAAAUAGAAAAGGGGGGAAGGAGUAAGCGAGAGAUGCGGGAAAAGCGAGACGGCUCUGCUCAGGCUCCAUUGCCGAGAAAUCUCAGUUCUCCGUCGUGGGAGGCGGCGGCGGACAACAUUGCCUACGACUCCACCUCGUUCCCUCCUCCGAUUACCUUUAUUUGUGGUCCUGCUAACUGCGGCAAGUCCAGCUUCUCACGCCUUCUCCUAAACACUCUUUUGAAGAGGUAUAAGAGAGUCGCUUAUUUGGAUACCGACGUCGGCCAGCCGGAGUUCGGCACUACGGGCUGCGUCUCUCUUCACAUUAUCGAUAAGCAGACUCCUGACUUGACGAUUUUAUACUUAAAAAAGCCUGAGAGGUGCGUUUUCUUUGGCCAUGAUUCUGCUAAGAAAGAAGCUAAAACUUAUUUUUCCAGCAUUAUUUUUUUAUAUGAUUACUUUUGCCGAGAGUUCUACCAGAAGGAUGAGAUUGAUAAUCCUUGCAAAAUAUUGUUGCCACUUAUCAUCAACACAUCUGGAUGGGUGAAAGGUACUGGGUAUGAUGUGCUAGUGGCAAUGUUGCAGCAUACUUCUCCCACUCAUGUCGUCAAAGUGUGCGUCUCCUCAGAAAACAAAAACUUGCCAAAUGGGAUGUUCUGGUUGGAAAACCCGCAAAGAAAGUCAGUAAAUUUGAUUCAGAUUUGUGCUGGAAAUGAGACUUCACAUCGACCGGAAAUUAUGAGAAAGGAAGCACGCAUGUUGCGAGACAUUAGAAUAAUUGCAUACUUUAGACAGUGCUUGCCUAGAGAGAUGUACUUCUUAAAUCACAAGGAAUUUUGUGACAAACUGGCUUCCGUUCCUCUGAAUGGAAUCCCUCUUUCAAGUGUCCAAGCUAACCAUAAUGAUUGUCAGGUAGUAAGCAGUGUAGUAUCUCAAGGUCUGCAUGCUUCAAUUGUUGGUCUCGCAGUCAAAUCUUCAGUGUUAGCUGAAAACAACACACCUUGGUGUGUUGGGCUCGGGAUUAUCAGAGCCGUAGACCCUUCAAAAGACCUGCUUUACCUGCUGACUCCUGUCCAUCCAUCCACCCUGAAAAAGGUCGACCUUGUCAUACAAAGCACAAUUGAUAUCCCUCUUUGUCUGCAACAGAAACAACAACAACAGUUAGAAGAGUGAACUUACAGAUCGCCAAAGAUUGAGACGAAAAGAAGAUUUAUUUUGAGAUUUUUUUUUUUUUUGCACAAAAUAUUCACAAUGUUUCAUUCCAUUGCUAUAUUUUGACUCAGAAUAUUCAUGAAAGCAAACACCGCUUCUUAAAUGAUAGGGAUCUCAGUUAAUGAGUAAAUCUGAAAUUUUUUGCUUCA